CUGCGCAGAUCUACUACUUGAUUAUUUGUUUGCUUUGUCUGCUGCAUAGAAUCUCGCUUUGAAUGACUGCUGUCAAUGAGCUCCCGAGCGAAGUUUUACUCAUCAUCUUUCAACUACUCUACGAUGGCUCUCGAUCUCCCCGAUCCGACGUCUCGGAGGUGAAAGCAGCCACUUACGGCGAGGAAUACUCGGAAUAUGAUCGUCGAAACUCGAGCCUUUGGCGUUGGAAUGAUGAACAUGUCACUCCGCCUACGCUUUUUCCUUACGCAGUCUCGAACGUUUGCACUCGAUGGAGAGACAUUACCACAGCUGUACCUGCCUUCUGGACGCGUGUGGUCUUCUGUAUAGACUCUUUGUCGGACCUUACGCCAUCCCUUGUCCGCCACUGCUUCGAACGGUCUCAAGCUCAGCCCAUCCAGGUCUGUGUGACACGGAUGCGAAAGAGCCCGGAUGAGAACGUCGCCAGGGACGCGGCCGAAGAGCGCGCUAAGGUUCGUAUGAUCGUUGAGCAUCUUCUCCCCCACCUCGAGCGCUGCGAGAGCAUCUGCUUCAACCUCGUCUAUCGAUCAUCUAUCCUCUCUGCAUGCGGAAUGCUCGGCGGAGAAGCUCCCAACCUUCGUGCUCUCACACUGAACUCCAGGGUCACCGAUACUACCGAAGAAGUGCGAGGCCUUGAAACUUUGGAUUGCCCUCAACUUACACAUCUGGAAGUAGACGCACAUACUUUGCUGCAGACGCAUCGAGCUCUGUGUAGCUGGGCAUUGCUCAAUGACAUGGACCGCGCACCCUUCAGCCUUGCAGUAUCCCACUGCAAGGCCGCUCGCAACGAAGACAACAUCCUUAUUUCCCGCCUGCUCGCCUUCUUAGGUGAUUGCUACGGCAUCCGUGUCCUUUCCAUCAAAGAUAUUAGCCUCCAGCAGACCGGAUACACCCUUGACGACGGUCCCAUUUUUCUACCCGAUCUUCGCGAACUUCAUCUAGAGGGCCUAGAGGGUGAUGCGCUCUCUGAGUUGUUCGAGAACAUUCAGAUGCAGCCUGAAAAAGUUACCAUCUCUCGUUGCGAGUUCCUUGGUCGUUGGCCAGAGCCCAUCCGUAGCUCUUCCCUCACACUUGCCAACAUCGACGACGCCUCGGAGAUCCUUUGCUUCUUCGAGAACUCUCGGUGGUACGGCACCUCGCUCACCUUUCAGCGGUGCCUUGGCUGUAGCGACGAGCUGAUCCUCGAGCUUAUGACCUCCAAUCGACCGUACUUCCCCCGCGAGCUUCACAUCUCGGAGUGUCCACCGGUUCAUCCCGAAACUCUCAAGCGUAUAGUGAACACCCGGAGACAGCAUCAGCAUCCCGACGCUCUUACAGCUUUGACCGUUGUUUCCCCUGGUGUUCCAGCGCCGCAAGGGCUGGAAGAUUGGAUGGCCGAGCGCAAUCCGCUGGUCUUUCGAUGGGAUAGCGCACCCUCCAUCGUAUCCUUCGGCACUGGACACAGGGAAAUCGACGAAGCAGACUACCGAAACUAUAUCGGACGCGAUCCUUUGCCUCUCAACCAAGAUGAAGAGAGUGACGGAGAGUAAUCUGAUAGGUCGCGUUUGUGGCUUGCUGUAGGAAGUGGCGGCACAGGGUGUUUUCUCACUUAUGUAUGAUUGUGUUCGUACUGUAUGCUGUGUGGCCCACCCGUGUAUGCUUGACAAG